UAGUAUCAACGGCCAUGGUGGAUUCUGUGUCAGGCUAGGCUGCGUUAGUGUGCGAAUCAGCGAAAAUGUCUGUAGGCGAUGGUAGUAGUGGUCCCGCUUUGCACGGAGGAGUUGACCAUCCCGCUCGCUCCGUGCGUGCGUGCAUGUUAGCCUAACCGAGUUAGGAAAUGUCACCAGCAACCUCUCGAGCGAUGUGUUCGUCGUGUCGCUGCUUCUCGGCGCAACAACUCAUAGUGACACGACCAUCAUCGCAUGUCCGGUUCCUUAGCAGCGAUUCUCAUCGAUUCCUCAGCGACUCCUCAGCGAUUCCUCAGCGAUUCCUUAGCGAAUUUUCCGCGCGUCGCCUAAAAUUAUCUGUUGUAUCGUAGGGCGCGUCGUUUAAGAAAUCCAGCUUCAUCUUAGGACGAAUUACGUAAGACUCGUUCCAGAAAUGGCUGAAUCUGGAGCCUGCGAUUCUGAUUCUUCAGGGUCGCCGAUCUCAGUUUCAUCUUAGAACGCGUUCUCAAAAGCGCUUGGCUCUCCUCUCCACUUUGCCCAAUUUCACCUCAGUGGCCAUCAGUACAGAGCCAGUCAUUAGCAAAGAGCCAUCUUCUUACAGUAACAUUGUAGGGUGUUCUUGAGAAUUCUCAAAAACACCCUGCAAAUUCUCAAAAACACCCUGCAAAAUCGUAACACGCGAUGACGGGAACGAUCAAGAAGCACCUCAAGAAGGCUCACAACAGGGACAGGUCCAUCCCUAGCACCCCGCGCCUCGAUGCCAGCACUCCACGCUCCACUGCCAGCACGCCACGUGUCGGCUUCAGCACGCCACGUGGAACCGCCGAUGAGCGUUCCUUAUCCGAAACCGGUCGCGCGAUCGGACCGUCCUUAGGCCCUUCGCGCUCCUUCAGAGACGGCUCGGCUCUAAUGAACGGUCGAGAUGCAUCCGCGGGAGCCCUGACCCCCGGGCCGGGACCGUUCUUAACCGCAUCCCGCUCCAUGAACGCGCGGGAAGGGGGGCUGGCCUUCCCCGGGCCUUCCCCGCGCCCCCCGAUCCCCGGGGGAUCUGCGCCGAGCCCUCUGUCUGGCGGAGGAUUCGGCGGAGUGUUCGGCGGGGGGGGAGGCGGCGGAGGGGAUAUGGCGGAAGCGGUUGAGUUGCGGAAGGAACUGGCGGAGCAGUCGGAGGAAAUGGAUCGGCUUUUAACUAAGAACGAGGAGCUGGAGGAGCAGCUCCGCGAAUCGCGGCGAGAGGCAGCAGAGGCCAGCAGCCGCGCCACUGCCGCCGCGUCUCACGCUGAGUCCCUUCAAGCCAAACUGGACGCGGCCGCAACUCAUUCCGCAUCUCACGCCGCGUCUGACAGCGCAGCUGACGGCGCAUCUGACGGCGCGAAUGGCGCUGAGGCCCUCCAGAGGAAGUUGGACGAGGCGAACGCGGCGCGGGCGGAGCUGGAGGAGCGAUUAAUCUCCAUUAGUGCGGAGAAGGAGGAGCUGGAGAGGAGAUUAAUCGCCACGAGCGCGAAACGGGAGAAAUUGGAGGGGCAGGUGGAGGAUUUGGAGGGCAGGGGGAAAUAUUUAGAGGGGAAAGCGGCUGCUGCGGAACGGGCAGCAGAAGAAUUGGCGCAUCAGGUGGAGUUGCUGGAGAGUAAAAUGGGGAGGGAGAGAGAGGCGGUGGUGAGAGAGAGGGAGGAGAUUGGAGGGGAGAGGGAGAGGCUGCUGAGAGAAAGAGAGGAGAUGGAGAGGAGGUUGAGGGGGUUAGAGAAGGAGGUUCGGACGAAAGGAGGUGCUGCUGGGGGCGGUGAUGCAAUUAAUGAAAGUGACUUAAACGAAGGGAAAAGCAAGGGAGAUGGUUUGAGAGGGGAGGAGGGUGCGGGAGAUGUGACUAAAGCGAAGGAGGAUCUCGAGGCGAAGCUGGCAGCUGUGAUUCUAGAGAAGGAGGAGCUGGAGGAGAAACUACAAGCAGCAGAGGCGGAGCGGGACGACUUGAUUAUAGAGCACGAGGAGUUAGUAGCCACUAUGGAGGAGGCAGGCGGGCGGAUGCAGGCUUUAAUCCGCGAGAAGAAAGAGCUGGAGGGAAGGCUGGGAGCAGCACAGGGUAAGAGCCAGGUGCGACGACCGUGGGAGAUGGAGGGGGACGAGGAGGAGGAGGAGGAGGAGGAGGUAGGGGGAGGGGGGGUGGGAGGAGGCAUGGGAGUGGGAGUGGGAGGAGGAAUGGGAGGGGGAGGAGGGCAGGAUAGUAGUCGGUAUUUGCAAGAAAGGGUGUUGGAAUUAGAGGCGAUUUUAGCGGAAGCGAAGAGAGGGAGGGAGGAGAUGGGGCGGAGGCUGGCUGCUGCUGAGGCUUUGGUGGAGGAUGAGAGGGAGAGGGUGGGAGGGGAACUCAGGUUGCUUGAUCAGGAAUUGGAAAAGGCGCUAGGGUUGCUGGGGGAGAGGGAGAGAGAGAUGGAGGGGUUGGAGGAGAGAGUGAGGGAGAAAGAGGAGGAGGUGGGGAGGGCAGUGAGGGAGAGAGAGGAGGAGGUGGGGAGGCUGGAAGGGAUGGUGAGAGAGAGGGAGGAGGAGGUGGAGAGAGAGGAAACAGAGGAGAGAGUGAGAGAGGCGGAGGAGAGAGUGAGGGAGGCGGAGGAGAGAGUGAGGGAGGAGAGUGAGAGAGUGAAAGAAGCAAGAGGAAGAGUAGAUGAGCUGGAGAUUGAGCUCAAAGCAGCAGAAGAGAGACUGCGAGAGGGUGAAAAGAGGGCGGAGGAAUCUGACUUGAAUGCUGUUGAGGAGCGGAAGAGGCUGCAGGAAGCAGAGUCUGCGAUGGGUGUGCUUCAAACGGAAGUGACAGAAGCGAGGGCUCAGAUCGAGAGGCUGGGGACUCUGAGAGACGAGCUAGAGGAGAGGGUGAGAGGACUGGAGGGGGAGAAAGAGGGCUCCGAAAAGGAGGUUGCUGGGUUGAGGGAGAUUGUACGGGGUUUGGAGGAGGAAAAGCGAGAAUCGGAGGAGGAGAGGAGAAGGUUGGAGGUGGAGGUGGGGGGUUUAGAAGAGAGGAGGGCGGAACUGGAAGCGGAUUUGGAGGAGGAAAGGGAGGGAAGGAGGAGGGUGGAAGAGGAGGGGCAAAGAGAAGCUGAGGAGCUGAGACGGGCUGUGGAGGACGGGGAGAGUAGACUGGCGUCUAGAGUGAGUGAGUUAGAAGUGGCUUUAGAGAGAGAAAGGGCGAGUAGGGUUGAGGUGGAGGCAGGGAGGGAGGAGGAGAGGGUGAGGAGGGAGGAGGUGGAAGAGAGGUGGAGAGAGGAGGAGAGGAGGAGAGGGGAGGUUGAGGGGGAGUUGAGAGAGGCGAGUGUGAGGAGGAGGGAGGUGGAGGAGAGAAGGGAGGAGUUGGAGAGAGUGAGAAGGGAGCUGGAGAGGAGAGUGGAAGAGAUAGAGAGGGAGAAGGAGGAGGGGGAGAGGAGGAGGGAGGAAGGGGAGGAGAGGAGGAGGGAAUUGGAGGAGAGACUGACCGAGAUGGAGGAGAGACUUGAGGAGGCAAUGGCAGUGAGGAGGGACGUGGAGGGAAGAUUGGAAGAGGAGGAAUGUCGGAGAAGGGAGGUGGAGGCUCGGAUAGAGGGGCUCGGGAGGGAGAGGGAGGGGGAGGUGGAUUCUAGGGUUUGUGAGUUGGAGACGGAAAAGAGGGAGCUAGAGGCGAGGGUUAGACAGGCUGAGAGGGAGAGGAGGGAGAUCCAGGAGAGGGUGGAAGGGGAGGAGGAGAAGAGGAGGAGGGCUGAGAAGAGGCUGGAGGAGAGUGAGAGGGAGAGGGGGGAGUCGGAGGAGAGAGUGAGGGAGGCGAGGAGGGAGGUGGAGGAAGGGCGGAGGGAGAAGGAGCAGGUGGUGGGGAGGGUGAGAGUCGUGGAGGAGGAGUUAAGGGGGGAGAGGGAGAAAACUAGCAGUUCUAGAGCAGGAGUUGAAGGUGGAGAAGGAACGAGCUAAGAACCUAGCAGAUAAGGUCAUAGGAGGAAGUGGGUGCGCAAAAAUGGGAGACGAGGUAAUGGUACUGGCAGAAUCGGUAGCUGCCGUUGAUGUAACUGAUGUAAAAUCAGGAGCAAGCGGAGCAGCAACUGCUGAUACCAACAGCAGCAACAAUGGAAACAGUGACACCAACGAACCAGACCCGGCAGCCUCGGAGAGGCUUGCCAAGGCUGAGGUUCGGGCUCGGCGCGCCGAAGCUGCCGCCGAGGCUCUCCGUGAGCAGCUGGCGGACCGGGAAGCCAUGGAGAAGAGCCGGAUCAGGCGAGAGGUUCGGGAGAAAGAGACGGCUGUGGCCAAGCUGAGAGGGCAGGUGGCUCAGGCGGAAGGGAAGUGGAGAAAGGCGGAGGCGAGAGCAAGAGAGGCGGAAGAAGAGGUGGAUAGGAUUAGAGACGGGCUGAUGGGGCGC